CAAUUGGACGAGCUCAAAGUCAUAGAAAUCAUUUUCUCGAGAGCGAUCAGCGUUGCAGCAGCAAUUGCAACGAGAGCCCACGACCGUGCCUACGUUAAGACCUUUGCAAGAGGUUGCAGCAUUUGAUGUGAACAAUCGUGCCUCUGGACGACUGCAAGUGAUUCAAGCACAAGAUCACUCUUCCUCAUUGAGAUUUUUGUGAAAAUGGUCGUACAUUCAAUGUCCCUCGUGUACCCCGCGCCGCAAUUGUUCCGACGGUGGCAGACGGACAUGGAAUUGUUCAUCCGAGCAUCGCGUGUAGCCGGAGUUAGGGCACCUCCUGCUUUCCUCCGUCUUUUCGCAAGGAAAAGUUGCAGUUUCACAUCUAAAGCGAAGGCCAGCCGCGGCCCGAAGAUGCUGCGCCAGGACCACUACCUCCGUCUCUUCGUGUUUCUGACGAUUUUUGUUCUCGUAGUCGCGGCCGUGAUCAACACCGACUUGCUCCACGACCACCACUUUGCGCAGCCAGUCUUCGCAAUCGAACAGAAAUCCAUGCAGCAAGCUUCCCUGGUGCAGUCCCAGAAUACCAAACAUCUCCGCACAGAAAGAACAGGACAAGGCACGAGGUCUGCAACAUCAGCAGCGUCGAAUAGUAAAGCGCGAAGUACCAUUUCCUCCGACGCUAGUACAGCAACAUCCGCGUCGAUGUUGGAACAAGACGCUGCAGCUACAGGAACAUCAACCACAGCACAACAAGAUGAAGACGUCACCCAACUUGUCGGCCAAGACCGGCCGGAGGACGAGGAUUCCGGGAAGGAAAUUAUUUCCGGGCAACGGACUUACGAGCGGGAGAACACACCGACUUACGAGCCGAGCAGCAUCCUAUGCAUUGCAAAUGUGUCUGGGUCGGGAAGAGUGGAACUUGUAAUGCUGACUGCGGAUUCUAAAAACAUUUGUGUUGCAUGAGCAGCAAGAGGAGUCAGUUCUUGUUAUGCGCAGAGGGCAUUUCUCAUGCGUCAGUAGCAUCGAGAAGCUCUCAAAAAAUCAGUGAUGCCAGCAUCAGCAUCACAGACCUCACGGGUCAUGCAAAAUGUGCAUGACAAGCCCCGACUCUUCCAGACCCAGACAUAUUUGCAUUGGAUACAUCCGGCCGCCGAUUGAUUACGACCGGUUCCACAGCUACGGGCAACAGGUGUACAUCCCCGAUGGGACUGCGAGUGAAGAGGAAGUCGCGAACCACCAACUGCGACACAAACGAAUGCUGUUUCAGCUGCAGAUGGCGGAGCAGCUCGGGAUGAAGGAGGAGGAUAUGAACAGCACAGGUGAUCGAAACAACACGGACAGGAAAAAGUUCAAACUACCGUCAGUUGGCAACGUCGACGCGAGACAGACGCAGCGGAAACCCUACAAUCUGGCGAAAGCGAGUUUGCCGUGGUCGGGCUACAUCAAAUUCUCCGACGUGCAGACUGGGCAGCAACAGUAUAAAUGAGAUUUAAAAACUUAUCAUGCUGUACACACACGACACAAAAGUGGAAGCAGCUUGCCUUGCAUGAUUUCACGCAUGACAAAGACCUUUUCAAGUUACUGAUCAACCCAAAAACCAAAUCAAAUCCCACAGCGACCUUUGCCUCGGCUACGUGGAGGACGCGAAUAUUUAUCUCGGUGCGAAGCAAGCCCAAUCCCAACUCGGAGAUUUUGACGAGGUAAACAUCCUGACCUGGGGGUCCUGCCCGACCGCGAAAUGGAGUUUGAUCCCCCAGAUGUUCCCGACCUACGACGGAAGAUAUUUGUUCAACAUCGAGUGGAACCACACUGGGCUCUUCCUAGCCUCGUCCCGCUGCGAGCCGCCGGUCGGGUCCAACUUGUUAUCCCUCGCGGCCUAUUUGACGAACGAAACCAUCGGAGCGGGCAAGAAUAUUGCGUCGCUGAUGGGCGAUAGUGAUACUAGUGCGGAGCAGAAUGCUGGUGCGUCGAAUUCAACCACAGACGGAGGUUCUUCUGCGUCCUCUAGUGCAGGAGCCGCGUCUUUGUCCGUGGAAGAGCAGCAACAACUGGCGAAGAAACUACUCCACUCCUGCUUCCAGUCUUUCCCGAAGGGUACGUAUCCGAUCUUACUUUCGCGAACCUCGCCCACUUUGUUCCAGCUAAAGUGGGACGGUACCUCUUUCCACCCGCGGAUGUUCGAACUGCAGACGGCGUAUGAGGAAGUCCCGGAUCCGGAUAAAAGCAAUGUGAAUGUGCACCUCGCACUGGACGAAACCAACCGGAUGGUGCGGCACCGGUCGCAAACCGGGGGGACAGAACAGUUGAAGGUGGCGUUGUUUCCGCCGAUCUACUGCGAGUGGGCGAAUGACACGCUGUGCACCUACGAGGAGGUCAACGACUGGCAGUACGAGAAAAAGUUUGCGAAGAAGGGUUUGUUGGUGCUACUGACGAAUCAAGUGAAGGAGUAUGGUAUAAACUAAAGUUGUUGCGUUUUUCUUUUUCAUAAUUAACUUUUUUGAAAAAGUUUAAUGCAGUGAUAAAUACGGGAGUUACGCAUCGUCCAGCUUCUGCAGCUUUCAUGCACAGAUGCAUGUUUUUCUUCCGAGAGAUGUUGUAGCCUCGUUGUGAUUAACACUUUCAUAUGUAGUCAGUGCAUGCGAUCAAAGAAGUGACUCCCCUCUACCACCCUAGUUUGACAUUCGCAUAGCAUUUUACUCGAGAGAAAUUUCAUUUGAUGAUUGAGAAAAAAAACUCCAAAUCAGUAUCCAUCGUGUUGUUCCACCCUUACUCCUACCUCUUCACGUUUUUCUACGCCAUUGUGCUCGUCGCGUUGUAUUUCUGUUGCAAGGGCGCAAGAUUCCUCGUGAACCGGCACUACGCCCCGGGGGCGGUGAAUCCAAAAUCCGGCGGCACGGUGGCGCAGUUGGCGCACGAAAGGUACCAACUACAACUCUCGGACAUGGCUUUCGGCGUCCGCGCACACCCCCUGGACACACCGAGUACCAGCCGGUUUACGCAUAGGAACAACGAGAAAGCGAUCGAGGACCAAGAAGCGUUAGACGCGGCGCUCCCCGCGCCAGACCGCAGUACGAGAUCAAUCGGCGGGAACGUCGCGAGGGUGGGGUCGGUCACGGUGACGGGAUCAACAUCUUCCGCGAAUGAACAGGAUAAUGCAAAUGAGCAAAGCAGGAAUAGCGGUACUAGUCGAGCAAGUCGGAGAAGUUCAAAAAGUAAGAGGAAUUUUGCUGAACUAAAUCUAGAAGAAACAGCGGCGUUGUUAGGCGAGGACGACGCCAGCCCAGAAAGAAAUUCAGUGUCGAGGAAGGGAAAGGGGAAGGGCAAGAAAGGAACGUGAACGAAGAGGAAAACUUGAAAACUUCUUUCGCGUGCCUGUAAGAUGAUGAAACAAAUUUAUUAAAAUGAUCGUGUUUCGAAUUAUGCAGGGGCAAGAAACCGUAUGGUCAGUAAAGUUUCCAAGAAGAAGAAUUAUAUAUUUGGUACUUUUUUAGUACAACUCUUCCACGAACACUUCACAGUUUGUCUCAAGCUCUAUCACGAGCUACACUCAUCUGACUUGUUCCAGAAGGAAAGGCAGCGAUCUUCUUCCCUCUCCUUGGGUUUUUAGACACAAUCGUGGUAAGUAUGCAC